CGCCUUUGCUUUUGCUAAGUGUGGCCAGCGGGUAAUGAAUAAAGAGCCCGGGGGGGAGGAGAGACUGACCCCCCCCUGCAGCGGCUGCGUGCUCCGGGUGAUGCUCCCUUGCUCGCUUACGAGGCGAACAGGGGAAGAAAUUAAGGAGGGGGAGAAAAUGCCUGAUCCUUCCGUGUGAGAUAAUGGAUGAGCCCGGGAUGACCUGUUUUUUUCCUUGCGGUGGAGCGGCGCUGAAGACAGAGGGCACCAGCGCCCAGCCCACAGCCGUCGCCCCGCCGCCAGCGCGCCAGCUCGGGGCGCCCGGGGAGCUGCCGGUGCCUGCUCGGGGCGCCGGGGGAGCGGCCGCCCCACCGGGACAGGUUGGAAGUCCCUAGGCUGACGACUGCCUGGCGCUGCGAGAGAGACCUCGCUGUGAUGCUGCUCGGAGCGAGCCGGGAGCCGGCGGGGGCGAGCGGAUGCCAUUUCCUACACGCCCUUAAGCCAUGUGCAGGCAAGGGGAGCCCUUGAAAUUCGUCGCCUGGGUCUGGACGACGUCGUGUAACAAAAUGAUCGGCGUGCUGCUGGUCUUCGUCCCCGCGCUGCUGCUGGAGGCGGAGGUGCUGCCCCGGGGAGCGGGGCGCAGGUCUCUGCUCUCCGCCGCCUCCUCGCAGCGCUCGGUGGCCCGCAUGGACGGCGAUGUCAUCAUCGGCGCCCUCUUCUCCGUCCACCACCAGCCCCCGGCCGAGAAAGUGCCCGAGAGGAAGUGCGGGGAAAUCCGCGAGCAGUACGGCAUCCAACGGGUGGAAGCCAUGUUCCACACUUUGGAUAAGAUCAACGCAGACCCGGUCCUGCUGCCCAACAUCACCCUGGGCAGCGAGAUCCGGGACUCGUGCUGGCACUCCUCGGUGGCCCUGGAGCAGAGCAUCGAGUUCAUUCGGGACUCCCUCAUCUCCAUCAGGGACGACAGGGACGGCGGCAGCCGCUGCCUUUCGGACUCGCAGCCCCAGCCCCAGAGCAGGCUGAAAAAGCCCAUCGCGGGGGUCAUCGGCCCGGGCUCCAGCUCUGUGGCCAUCCAGGUGCAGAACCUGCUGCAGCUCUUCGACAUCCCGCAGAUCGCCUACUCGGCCACCAGCAUCGACCUGAGCGACAAAACGCUCUACAAGUACUUCCUGCGGGUGGUCCCCUCCGACACGCUGCAAGCUCGGGCCAUGCUCGACAUCGUCAAGCGCUACAACUGGACCUACGUGUCCGCCGUCCACACGGAAGGAAAUUAUGGGGAAAGUGGAAUGGAAGCCUUCAAAGAGCUGGCUGCCCAAGAGGGCCUCUGCAUUGCUCAUUCUGACAAAAUCUACAGCAACGCUGGGGAAAAGAGCUUUGACCGCCUGCUCCGCAAGCUAAGAGAAAGGUUACCCAAGGCUAGAGUGGUGGUUUGCUUCUGUGAGGGAAUGACGGUGAGGGGGAUCCUCAUCGCCAUGAGACGCCUGGGAGUGCUUGGGGAAUUUCUGCUAAUUGGGAGUGAUGGUUGGGCAGACAGAGAUGAAGUCAUUGAAGGUUAUGAACCUGAAGCAAACGGAGGCAUCACUAUCAAACUGCAAUCUCCAGAGGUCUUGUCUUUUGAUGACUACUAUCUGAAGCUGCGUCUGGACACCAACACCCGCAACCCCUGGUUUCCUGAGUUCUGGCAGCACAGAUUUCAGUGUCGCAUCCCAGGGCACCCACUAGAGAAUCCCAACUUCCAGAAGAACUGCACUGGCAAUGAGAGCCUAGAAGAAAACUAUGUUCAGGACAGUAAAAUGGGAUUUGUCAUCAAUGCUAUAUAUGCCAUGGCUCAUGGACUCCAAAAUAUGCAUCAUUCCCUUUGUCCUGGACACGUUGGGCUGUGUGAUGCUAUGAAGCCAAUUGAUGGCAGCAAGCUAUUGGAGUUUCUCCUGAAGUCCACAUUCAUCGGUGUUUCUGGAGAAGAAGUUUGGUUUGAUGAAAAGGGAGAUGCCCCUGGAAGGUACGACAUCAUGAACCUGCAGUACAUAGAGCCCAACCGCUACGACUAUGUCCUCAUUGGAACCUGGCACGAGGGUGUGCUCAACAUCGAUGACUACAGGAUUCAGAUGAACAAGAGUGGGAUGGUCCGAUCAGUGUGCAGCGAGCCUUGCUUGAAGGGGCAGAUUAAGGUGAUCAGGAAAGGAGAAGUGAGCUGCUGCUGGAUUUGCACUGCUUGCAAGGAGAAUGAAUUUGUUCAGGAUGAAUUCACUUGUAAAGCCUGUGAGCUUGGCUGGUGGCCAAAUGCUGAACUGACAGGCUGUGAACCCAUCCCUGUAAAGUACCUCCAGUGGAGCAAUAUAGAGUCUAUUGUGGCUGUGGUCUUUUCCUGCCUGGGGAUCCUGGUCACCAUGUUUGUCACCCUUAUCUUUGUGCUCUACAGGGACACCCCUGUUGUCAAAUCAUCCAGCCGGGAGCUCUGCUACAUAAUCCUUGCUGGCAUCUUUCUGGGUUACGUCUGCCCUUUCACCCUCAUAGCUAAACCCACCACGACAUCCUGCUACCUCCAGCGCCUUCUGGUGGGUCUCUCCUCUGCCAUGUGUUAUUCUGCCCUUGUGACCAAAACCAACCGCAUUGCACGCAUUCUGGCAGGCAGCAAAAAGAAGAUCUGUACCCGCAAGCCACGUUUUAUGAGUGCGUGGGCCCAAGUGGUCAUUGCCUCCAUUUUGAUCAGUGUGCAGCUGACACUGGUGGUCACGCUGAUCAUCUUAGAGCCCCCGAUGCCCAUCCUCUCCUACCCCAGUAUUAAGGAAGUUUACCUUAUCUGCAACACCAGCAACCUAGGAGUUGUGGCUCCUGUGGGCUACAAUGGACUCCUCAUCAUGAGCUGCACAUACUAUGCCUUCAAGACUCGCAAUGUGCCUGCCAAUUUCAAUGAGGCCAAGUACAUUGCAUUCACCAUGUACACCACUUGUAUCAUCUGGCUGGCCUUUGUACCUAUCUAUUUUGGGAGCAACUACAAGAUCAUCACUACUUGUUUCGCAGUGAGCCUGAGUGUGACGGUGGCCCUGGGGUGCAUGUUCACACCUAAGAUGUACAUCAUCAUAGCCAAGCCCGAGAGGAAUGUCCGCAGUGCCUUCACCACCUCAGAUGUGGUGCGUAUGCAUGUCGGGGACGGCAAGGCACCUUGCAAGUCCAACACUUUCCUCAACAUAUUCCGAAGAAAGAAACCAGGGGCUGGAAAUCCAAAUUCUAAUGGAAAGUCUGUGUCAUGGUCUGAACCAGGUGGAAGACAAGCUCCCAAGGGCGAGCACAUGUGGCACAGACUCUCAGUGCAUGUGAAGAGCCAGGAGACAGGGUGCAAUCAGACAGCCGUGAUCAAACCCCUCACUAAAAGCUACCACGGCCAAAGCAAGAGCCUGACUUUUACCGACAUCAGCAGCAAGACUCUGUACAAUGUGGUGGAGGAAGAAGAGAGAGAGCCCGUCCGCCUCAACCAGCCCAGCAGCCCCUCCAUGGUGGUGCACAGGCGGGUGGCGACGACCCCCCCGCUGCAGGCCUCGGCGGAGGAGACCCACCUCUUCUUGCCCGACCAGUCCCCCAAGACCCUGCCCCUGCAGCCUCGAUCUCUCAUGGAGCAGCUGCAAGGCGUGGUCAACAAGUUGGCCACCGGCAUCCCCGACUUCAACGCCGUGCUCCCCACACCCAGCUCGGGGAACGGCGUCCGGCCUCCUCAGCAGCCACCCCUGACGCCUCUCCAGGCAUCCGCCUUUAGUGGGGAGCCCCUGUCUCCCCCGUCUGAGGAAGCAGAGAGUGAGAAGCUGAAGCUCAUUCAGGGAUUUGUCUAUGAGAAGAACCCGGAGGACGAGGAGGAGGAGGAGCCGGCCACCAGCAAGCUCACCCUGGAAGACUCACCGGCACUGACGCCCCCGUCCCCUUUCCGGGAUUCGGUGGCUUCGGGCAGCUCCGUGCCCAGCUCCCCCGUGUCAGAGUCGGUGCUCUGCACCCCCCCAGACAUGACCUAUGCCUCUGUCAUCCUGAGGGAUUAUAAGCAAAGCUCAUCCACCCUGUAGAGUGCGGACGCUGUGAGAGAUGUGAUGGGAAGGACGUUGGCAGCUGCCCGCUGUUAGGUCCUGGGGAGAUGUAUCCCCCAGGGGCAGUGGAGAGAGAGGAGAGCAAAGUCACAUAUGACAGGGCAAAAACUUUAUCCUGCACUUAAAGAAUAAAUAAAGAAAAAAAAAAAAAAAACAUCCAUUCUGAGGGCUCAAAAUUCUCUAGCUGUUAAAAAUAUAUUGUACUUUGAGAAAAUGACAGGAAAAAACAAAAAGCACAAACCCAAAAGACAACUUCUAUAGCAAAAAAUGAAUAGAUACACUGGGAAAAAUAAAUAAAUAAAUAAAAUAAUCACACUUAGACACACCCUCUCUUGGCAAUGCUUGAAAAGGACUCUGGGAAGUGUGACCUGGGAGAAGUCCCUAGCACAUCUCAUGAUUGCAGCCUUCCUGCUACGGCACCAGUUGGUCCGGGAGCUGGAAGGGUGGAGUGCGGUGAGGAGGAACAAAGCUACUUGUAUACAACACAUAUAUGCAUAAAUCAUUUUUCUGGUUUCUGCAGGUGGUACAUGCAUAACAAGUUAGGGAGAGAGGAGCUGAGAUAAUGUGAAAGCACAUGGCUCUUAAAGACAUUUGUUGGAACAAUUUAUUCUUCAUACUAGGCUGCUUUUUGGGGGAUUUGGGCUUUUUUUUUAAGGCUGGUUGUGAACAAAGGGAGGAAUAUCACCAACACUUGAGAUGUUUCUGAUGAAAGCCCUUGCUGUAGUACUUGUAAUAUGAUAAGGACUUAGAAAAACUGCCCUUUUGUAUACAAUUGCAAACCAUGUUGGCUAAACUGUUACACAACAUUUACUGUAGCAGAACAAUAUUUAUUGACUAACUUUUCAUAAUACAACAUAUUUGCCAUGUCAGUACAUCAUUCCUUUGUUUUACUUUGGAAUCAAAUGCAUUGGAAAAUAGCUGUAUACCUAGAGCAAAAAGUAUUAUUCUAAAAGAAAGGCCGUUCUUCAUUGCGGGCUGUAGAGUCGGUCUUUAAGCAAGAGUGAGCGUAUGUUUGUGUCUCUGUAUGCGUGUGUACAGUAUGUGUGAAACGUAAUGUCCAAUAACUACCACUGGAAGAUUGUCUUAUAAAUAUACUAUGAAUAUUUUUAUGUUUCAAUCAUGUUUUAUAUCUCAUUGUUACAAAUAUUAAAUAGAUCUUUGGAGGUUUGUAUGCCGUGCUAACACAUUUUUUUCAUAUACAAGCUGAGACAGUUGUUACCCUUAUAACAGGGUGCUUUAUUUUGCAGAUAUUUUAUGAAGUAGACCUACAGUAUUAAUAACCAGUGCAUUGAGAACUUGUUAUGUGUUUGUAGCAAGUGUGGUUAACAAAGGAAAAAAUGAAAAAGCAAAAAGUCUGUUUUAGGAAUCUUGCACUUAACAGUAUAAGUCUAUAAAGGUGAGAAAGGAAAAGUACUUAAAAUAUUUUUGUUGCUUCAGAUAAUUAAAAAUAAAAUCAUGUCUGGACAGGAACUUUCAUCAGUGCUUAAUGUGUGCAUAAAUUCCCAGGGUUUGUUCUAAACUGUUCUUUUAAUCUGUUAUGUUCAGUAUUGUGCUCUUUCUAUACAUUUUCACUCCUAUUUAAUAUACAAUCUUGUAUUUUAAAGGUCACUUUGAGGUAGCUGUACUCUGCCAUUCAUUCCUCCUUCUGUAUCCUUCAUAUAUUUUCCUAGAGAUGGACCUAAUCCUAAACUCCCUAAUGGCUGGCAUGUUCAAAGUCUGGAUCUAACUGCUGUGGCUUUAAUUUAAUCAUAAUUAUUAUUACCCAAUUUAUAAAUGUACAUAUGAAAUAUAUUCAGGACAGAAUUUUAGCUGCUAUGAACUUUGUGACCUUGAAUUUACCUGAGUAUAUGUUCUAUGAUUCCAUAAUUUACUUCCAAAGAUAUUUUUAAGGAAUAUUUUUAAACAUUUAUUGUGAGUAUUCUAUCUUUUUUUUUUUUUUUUUUUUUUUUCCCUAAAUUCAUUGUAUUUCUGCUCUUUUAUUUCUUUUCACUUGAAUUUUAAGAAGUCCUGCCGCCAGUCAUCAAUUCUUUUUACUUUGACCUAAUAAUAUAAUAGUGGUAUUGGGAGAUUUGGCUGAUUCUCAAAAUGGGAUGGAUUUUUUUUUUCCUCAUCCUCUUUUCACAAUGUUUGCUCCUUUCAAUAUGACUAGUGGCCAUUUGCUGUCAUCAUCCCUAUGUGGAAAGCAUGAACUGACAUUGCCCAAAGGCACAGUUAUGUCUUUGUCAGUAGAUUGAUGUCUCUACUUUAUUAUGAACUAAAGACACCUGAGGGUCAGUUGGUUGAUUUUUGUCUGCCUGGAGCUUUUAGGGGGAAAUUGUUUUUUUGCUGUUUCUUAUUAAUUUAACUUAAUUAUUUAUUUUUAUUUAAUGCACAUUACUCAUGAAAACAAUGAGAAAAAUACCAUAUUUUCUUUGCUGAUCACUGCACUGGCAAUGAGUUCUAUCUUCUUAUAAUCCUAGUAUAAGAUUUCUUGUGCUUUUUCCAAGAACAUAUAUUGUCAUAGCAGAGGGAUAGUAAUAGGAAGCCAGUCUUUGAAGAAAUGAUAUAUAGGAGAAAAAGAAACAUAAAAGGCUCAUAUAGGUGGGGAGAUGGUAACAUGGCAAAGUAUUAUGGUUUUCAUAUCUGUCUACUUUGAACAUAUUAAGCACUGAUUUUAUUACUGCAAUGUAACUAUAUCAUGAGUAGGAGUUUUCUUGAAAUUCAGUAUAUUAGCUUUUAGUUUGUAACUGUUGAAGCUGGAAACAUACACAUACAUAAAUAUAUCUACAGAGCAAGAACUCACCUUGUGUAUGUAGUUGUAUGAGCUAUGAAGCUUUCUGUAAAAGUUCUUUCUUUUGGUCUGUCAAAUGCUUGAUGAAAACUGCCUUUUUGUCAAAAUGAUCUUGAAAAUGCUGUAAAAUAAAUAUUUUCUAUUUAUUAUUUAAAAAUA